CCAACUUUUCCUUCAUUACUGUCAUUCUUGUCUUGUUCUUCUACGUGAAAAGUGCUUCUUUUAUAGUUUUUAAGUGUUUUUUAAUUUAAAAGAAAUAUGGAUGUUCCUUCAUGCUCAGGUGUUAUUUCCGAAGUAGGACCGAAGAACAAAGAUAAAAGAAUUAUCAAACCGAAACAAAAAUGGACACCGGGUUCAAUAGGACCAAAAAAGAAAAGGUUAAAUCCCGCCAAAAAGGUAAUUUUAAAAGAAAAAGGAGGACCAAUAAAAAAGAAGACACCAAAAUUGGACGAAAAUCUAGAGAGAAUUACUCUUCAAAAUAUUAUGGCUGAAAAUGAAAAGGACAGUUACGCUGACUUUUUAAUAAAUAUGAAUAUUGAUAAACAAUUAGCCAUUGACCAACCAGCUGCAGCUGCAAUUCCAGGUACUUCAAUAUUUAAACAGGUCGCAAAACAAACCAACAAAAAGUCCGUUGAAUGUAAUAAAUGCCCCGAUCUAAAAAGACAAGUGCAGGAAUUAAAGCAACAGUUGGACGAAUCAAAUUUAGAGAGAGCUAAAUUAAUGGCUGAAAAUGCUCUUCUUAAAGAAGAGCGAGAUGCCAGAGUUGCUCGACUUACUGCUGAACGGGAGGAGCGGGACAACCAGCUUUUAGCUGGUUUAAACCAGCUAAGAAAAACGGUCCAGGCUAAUCAAGCAGUUAUUAGAAAUGAAACUGCCAAUACAAUUGUCUGUGCUGGAGUAGUUCUCAACAGUGAUUUAUAUUAUAAAGCGCUAAGCGCACAAACUAUAAGUUGUCGAGUGCGCAAAAUUGCAGCUGGCUACUGGUCGGAAGACAAUAAAAAAAUAAUUGCGGCCAGGAAGCCCCCAGGUGUAAAUGAAAAAGACUUUCUUCAAAUUUGCACUCGGGACUACCACAAUAUUGACCGUUAAAUUUUUGGAGAAAUGAUUUUUUUGUGUACAAGGAAUCGUAAAAGGAGGGAUGAGCGCUACGCGGCCGGAGAACUAGUGUGGAAAAAACAACGCGUAUUGUCCUCCGCGGAAAGACACUAUAUGGC